UAUUAAAGUCAGCAAUUAGCGGUGCGACGUCUUGCGUUUCCGCAUAGCUCGCUAUACAGAUCGCAUUGCUCACUACGCGGAACUAGUUCUGUUCUAGUUGCCGUAUCUGGAUCACAGAUGGAUCUAGCAUAAUAGAUGCGAUGAUGGCACCCUGGAAGGAGAAUUUUGUGGAAGUCAUCCUGGGGAUCGAAUGUCUAGCCGUUUAUUUCGUGGGUGUCCUGGUAGUGCUGAUUUUUACUGUUGGUCGCUACGGUUGGCGCUUUCUCGGCUACCUGAAGGAAUGCUUCUUCAAUGACAACACCGUGGAGCACAGUACUGAAAGGGUGCAUUCCUGCGCAUGUUACCAACUGGGAAACGCAGUACUGGACAGUCUGGUAAUCCUUCGCUGUGUCGGCUGCUGGAUGUUUUUGUCGUUUCCGUUAACCGAAUUCCUUUUUCCCGAGAGUCUGCAAUUGCCGAUAUUGGCGAACGUCCAGCUGGUAUAUUUAUUUAUGCAGUUCUGCUGGUUAUUUGACGACAUCGGGGAGAAACAGCAGAUGACGGAAUUAACCCUUGACGCCGUUACGACAAAGUCUGCUGCAGUGAGCGAUAGUUUGGCCAAAGAGACGACCGGUGUCAAAAACACCGAAUGCGCGACGUGUUCCCAGUGCGGGUUCACCAUGAACCCGUGCCGGGACGUGGAUAGUAAGGCAAAAACUGCUGAGAAUACCGCUGAUGCAAGGGAUUCAGUGGAGGAGGUCAUACAACAAAAAACCUCGGAGGCGGCUUUAAUUAUUCCUUUGUGACGUAAUCCCCAACGUAAUCAUUUUAUUAUUCCCUACGUAAUCAUUUUGCUGUAUUUUAAUCGUGUACAAAAUCUGAUGGCUUGUUUCGAUUUAGUUAUGGCUUUGUCACUUAAACGAGUUCAUGUUUGCAGUUUCGGUUAGGUGCAAAAUAUCUCAUUACUGUAAGU